AUGGCCAGUCCAAAGUCCCCCGAAAAAAGCCCACGAGGCGGCUCCUCCACCAAAUCACCACCAGCGCCGACAUCUCCUGAUGCCGCGCAGCCGUCAGCAGCGGCACCGGGCGAGGUGCCCACGACAGAAAUCCCAUUUGAGGAGCAUGACAAUGAGGGUGACUCUGGCGUAGACAGUGACGAGGAUGACAACGCCUCAUCAACCGCCUCUCUAACCGACAGCAUAUACGACUACCGCAACAUCCACGGGCGCACAUACCAAAACUCCAAGACGACGCAGUACUGGGCCCCCAACGACGAGCGGCAGAACGAUGGCCUCGACAUCUCGCACCACUUCAUCACCAUGGUCCUCGGCGACAGGCUGUUCGAGGCGCCGCUCUCCAAGCCGCCCACCAGAGUCCUCGACGUCGGCACCGGCACCGGCAUCUGGGCCAUCGACAUGUCCGACGCCUACCCGUCCGCCGAGAUCAUCGGCACCGACAUCAGCCCCAUCCAGCCCAUGUGGGUGCCGCCAAACUGCAUGUUCCACAUCGAAGACGCGCAGCUCGAGUGGACGUAUGCGCCCGAGUCCUUCGACUACAUCCACAUCCGCGGCCUCUACGGCUGCAUCAGCGACUGGGGCGCGCUCUACCAGCAGGCCUUCCGCGCCACCAUCCCGGGCGGCUGGGUCGAGAACUUUGAGUACAACAUCAUGGUGCUGAGCGACGUGCCCGAGAUCCGCGACGACCCAAAGCACAUCUACAAGCGCUGGGCAAACGUCUUCUUCGAGGCCUCGGAGCGCAUGGGCAAGCCGCUGCGCGUCGGCGAGGACGGCCAGAUGCGCAAGCUGAUGCAGGCGGCGGGCUACGUCGACGUUGUUGAAAAAAACUACGCCGUGCCCAUUGGCGCAUGGAGCAGCGAUCCCACCAUGAAGCAGAUUGGGGCGUACAGUCUUGCCUUUCUGGACGAGAGCCUGGAAGGGUUUGCGCUGUUUUUGCUCAAGGAGAUUAUGGGCUGGGGCUACAUUGAGAUUCAAAUCCUUGUCUCGGAAUUUCGCAAAGCGUUGCACAACCACAGGAAUAGACCGUACUACAUAUGUACAAAUGUCUUUUCACGAAAGCCAUAG